AUGCCAUAUUUGCCAGUUGCUGACCUCACUGCAGCAGCAUCAAGAUCUACUCGCCCAUUUCAUUUUCUCCUGACUGUGUCAUUUUUUGGUAGAAAGCAGUUAGCAGUUGAAGUUCCACAUAGAGCUUAUCCUUGUCGCAAACUUCAGGUUCCGAUUGCUUUUUGCCUUGGACUAACUUGUGUACCAACUACAAUUAUUGUGCCCAUUAUUCACAGAUAUAUACCUGUAAUCCAUAAAGCAAAAGAAUGCAAUCAGAAAUUCAACCGAAAUGAGUUACGUGAUCGACGUGGUCGUUUGAAAUUCAAACAUCGUUUAGCAACUCUAAUUAAAAUGGCUGAACUAUUAAUUGCUAUAAUUCUCAUAAUCACGACAGUGCAUAUGGCAUUUAAUUGCUUUGUUGAAGAGACAUCGGCUUUUGCUCGAAGAUUUUCUAUUAUGAUAAUUUUGUGGAUGAUUAUAAUUGAACCGCUUAAGGCAUUUAUUUGUUCCUUGAUUUGUACAGUUUUUAUCAAAAAUUAUCGUCUUAUUCGAAAUUAUGAACUCGAGGAACUGAAAUUAGCAAAGCAAAUACUAGAAAACAUUAAAAAUGUUGAAUUGACGGGAAAAAAACUUGUCACACUUCAUAAACUAAUCGAAUUAAGAGAUCGACGAAUGAGAGAUGAGCAACUGGCGUUCUUCGACGCUCAUGAUACGUCCAGUCCAGUGGCACAUGCGAUAAAUAUAUACAAUCCGGGCGUAGUAAAACGAUCCCAAGGGUUGAGAAUAAUAUUUGCUCGAGCUAAAGAAACGGCUUCCUUCAUGCGCGGCGUUUUGUUAGCCAUAGCAACAUAG